AUGAUCAUAAGAGGAGCGCUGCGACUGCGGCAUGGCCGCAUCGCGCUGCCCAAGCUCCACCCUUUUGCGCAACACCGCGCCAACUCCUCCCUCGAGAGCACUCCUCCCGCCGAUACCACCAUCGACAGCACUCCCCUCGCAACUCCUCAAUUCCUGACCAGUACUGAGUCCGCCCCGCAAAUCGCCGCUGUCGAUGCCUCCCGAGCCGUGGCCAUCAAUGACCCCAAUCAUCCCGUCGCCCUUGACUAUGCCUUCUUCAAUCACCAAAAGACGCGCCUGAACCAUCUGGGGACAUCUUUGGCACCUCACUACCGCCCACAUCAACUUCUCACCAACCCGCCAUCACCCGCAGACAUCACCCUCGAGCUCCUCAUCGCCUCACAAACACACAUUGGCCACGCCACCUCCCUUUGGCAUCCAGGCAAUGCCCGCUACAUCUUCGGUAUCCGCGAGGGUAUCCACAUCAUCGCUCCAGAUACGACAGCUUCUCACCUCCGCCGCGCUUGCAAGAUUGUAUCUGGUGUCACUGAACGUGGAGGACUAGUGCUCUUCGUAGGCACCCGCGAGGGACAGGCACGCGCUGUUGUCAAAGCCGCACAACUUGCAGGCGGGUGUCAUUUAUUUACCAAGUGGAUUCCCGGCAGCAUUACGAACGGACAGCAAAUAUUGGGUCGCUGCGCAAAAAAAGUCGUUGACGAGCACGACAAGGAUGUGGAAGGCUUCGAGGACCAGCUAGGUGCCAAAGCGGCAAUCAAGCCCGAUCUGGUCGUCUGUUUGAACCCCCUGGAGAACUAUGUCUUGCUACACGAGUGCGGAUUGAACAACAUUCCGACUAUCGGAAUAUGCGACACGGAUGCGAACCCAACAUGGGUGACGUAUCCGAUUCCUGCAAACGACGACAGUUUACGAGCGAUACAAGUGAUUGCUGGCACUUUGGGGAGAGCUGGAGAGCAGGGUCUGGCGAAGCGGAGAGCAGCUGCGAAGCAAGGGAUCGUGACUUAUACGCCCAGGCAUGGGCUGGCCGAGCCGACCAAAGGCCUCGCGAAGAAGACCGCGAAUAGAGGCCAGAGAUCUAGACCGGACGUCGCUGCAGCCCCAGAGUUCCCCGAAGACCACGUCGGCCAGUCUGUGGAGGAGUUUGAGGCAGAUCAGAAAUUGUUGAAUGAUGCGAACGCAGCGCUGUUUGGAAGUGAUGGAGGAAAUACACAGGAGCAGGCAGAUCCAGCCACAGAGGCGGUAAGCGGGGUGGAGGACAUGAAUGCUGCGAGCGAGACCGAAGAUCUCACCUCUGUUGAUCCAUCUCUCACGGACGAGACUUAUUCUGUCCCUGCAGAGGACGAAUACGACGAGGCGGCAGAUCUGGCACAGUUUGGAGGAGGAUCCACACCCACACUGCAAGACUUUGCGGAUGAGGAUGACGACAACUCGACCAURGACCAGGUCGAGGAGGUCGCCAAGGAGCUGGGCGAGAACCAGGGCGAAAAGAAGAAGUGA